AGGCACCAACCCCAACGCCUCCUCUACUCCCCCCCACUCUCUCUCUCUCUCUAGUCUACACACACACACGAAACCCGUGCCCGGCCGCCGUGCUCGUUCGCCGGCAGAGGCCAUCAUCAUCGCCCGCCGCCCGGGAAAGGAGAAAGCCGACAACGAAAAGGCGCUUCUUCGCGAGCAGAGCACAGCAGAGGAGACGACCCACAAAGCAGAAAAGCAGAAAUAUAUUAGUAUAGUACAUAUAAAAGGAUCUCAUCGCUUUACAGUUUCUCCUCCAGAUUUUGAUUCCUUCCCCCGGCCCGCCCUCAUCAUCCGCCAAUCACCGUCGCCGCCAGCGGACCAAGUCUAAUCGCCGAUCCGUCGUUUCAGGCGGCGCGCGGGAACACCAGUAGCGGAGAGCGCGCCGGCAGGACAAGUCAACGCCGGCGGCGGGGGCGGUGAUCCCCGCGCGCAGAUCCGAGGGCCACCCUCGUUAAGCAGCGGCGCCGGCGCCGGCGGCGAUGGGGUCGUUCAAGGGGCACGUGCUUCCGGGGACGCUGUUCCUCGUCGUGGGCGCGUGGCACGUCUGGGCGGCCAUGGCGCGCUUCGCCGCCGACCCGCUCGGCUUCCGCCUCCGCGUCUGGAACCCCGUGGGCGGCGACGGGGCGCUGCGCCACCUCGAGCUCUACGUCAUCGCGGGGGGCGCCUUCAUCGACAUGUGCAUCGAGGUGCUCUACUCCACGCACCUACACUUCCUAGCCCCAGAAGGCGGGGUCAACCCGGCGCACCUCAACGACCUCGAGCACGGAGGCAUGCUGCUCAUGUUCUUCCUAUUCGGAGCACUCGCGCUACUCUCACAGAAAACAAGGUACCUGCCCUUGACGGAGGGUGCGCUAUGCCUAGUCGGGGCGACGGCGUUCACCGCGGAGUUCCUGCUCUUCUACUUCCACUCAACCACCCACCAAGGGCUGGAGGGCUACUACCACUACCUCCUGGUUGUGCUCAUUGGGCUCUGCAUCGCCUCCAGCGUCCUCGGUGCUCUCCUCCCAGACAGCUUCCCUGCCGACCUCGCCAGUGGCUUGCUUAUCACCCUGCAGGGCCUCUGGUUCUACCAGACUGCCUUCACGCUCUACGGGUCGAUGCUCCCUGAGGGGUGCCACCGUGACGCAGACGGACACGUCGAGUGCCAUGGGCAUGCUGCUGGGGAGCGCGGAGAGCAGCUUGCCAACUUCCAGCUCUUCGCCUACGUCUUUCUCGUCUUCGUCUACGCCCUAGGCUGCUAUGCCGUCGCUGCCGCAAGGUACGGCCAUCCGGACCUGAGGACGAUGCAUGCCACAGCGAUGGAGCGGCGAGAAAAUGGCGCCGACAGGGGAGGGUUCGUCGGCAGCUCAGGGCUGUCGCGGGAGCAGGGCGUGAUCUAGUGGCCUGACAUCGUCUUCGCCACUGUGGUCUUGGUUUUGGUACAGGAGUAGAUGUCACACGCAUAUAUGGUUGGGUAAAUCAGAGCUCACAUCAAUUGGGUACAAGGAGAUCGAGUAGGGAAGGACUGUACAUUGGGGUUAAUUACAGAGUCACAGAUCCAAAUUUCUUAGUUUACUGUGAAGAUGACAACAUUUUUUUGCAAGAGAGGAUUAACAUAAGAGUUACUCGCAGAUGUUUUUCAAUUUUUUUUACUAUUUGAGAUAAAGGGUACUACUAAAUUGUGUUUGUACGUCAGGUGUGGAAUCACGUGAUCAGUGUAUAUCCGUUUUGGAGUACAUUGUACUAGUACUGUAUCAUCUGUUCACGUAAAUCGAGUUGAGAUGAA